GUUUCAGCCGCUUUAUUGGUGGUUUUCAACUUUUAAAAGUAUGACAGCUGAGGUACAAGCAACAGCUCUUUUGGGCUCCGCGCGGUUUAACCUUGCACUCAUCGGUUUUUUGGGUUGCGUUGUUAUCUACGCGUUGCGUACCGAUGUCAGCUUUGCAAUCGUGUGUAUGGUCAAUAGCACAGCGGUGGAAAUGUUAUCUGGUACCGGUGGUGCUAAUAUAACAAAGAAAGCUAGUGCAUGCGCACUACACGGUGAUAGUGAAUCAACUGAAAAGGAUACAGUAUGCUUAUCAUUUCAUUGA